AUGUCAACUGAACAGGCCGCCGUGCAGCCCAUCGACCCAAUCGCCGAGUACUACGAUCUAGGAUCCUUUAGACGAACAAUUACCACCAAGAGCCCUGAAGCCCAAGAAUGGUUCAACAGAGGCCUGAUUUGGAGUUAUUCUUUCAACCAUGAUGAGGCCAAGCGCUGUUUCAUGCAGGCUAUUGCCCAUGAUCCAUCCUGUGCUAUGUCAUUCUGGGGUUUAGCCUACGCCACAGGUCCCAACUACAACAAAUCCUGGCGACUUUUCGACCCCCGCGACCUCGAGGACAGCUUGAAGAUAUGCUACAAUGCCUCCCGAAAGGCCAAGGAGCUGCUGAGCAGUACCACCGUGACACCAGUAGAACAGGCUCUCAUCAAUGCAAUCCAAGCUCGCUUUCCAGCCGACCAUCCGGCCUCCUAUGAUUUCCCCACCGUGGAUAAAGCUUACGCCAACGCCAUGAAGGAAGUUUACCAACACUUCGGAGACGAUGACCUUGAGGUAGUCACCCUCUACGCCGACGCAUUAAUGCACACAGCCCUUCGGAAGAUGUUCCACGUACAAAGUGGUCUGCCCAUUGCAGGUUCACCCGUCCACGAAGUACGAGCCGUAUUCGACCUGGGUCUACGACACCCCAGCGCAGACAAGCACCCAGGCCUUAUCCAUUUCUGGAUCCAUUAUCUAGAGAUGUCUGCCACACCGGCCGUCGCCCUUCCCGCUGCUGACCGGCUUCGUCAUCUCGUCCCGGACGCCGGUCAUAUACACCACAUGCCUACACACCUCGACGUCCUGGUCGGCGACUACCGACGCUCUAUAGACUCAAACACAGCUGCUGUCCUCGUAGACGAGAAAUAUCUCGCCAAAAAUGGUGCAAAGAACUUCUACAGCUUCUAUCGUUUACACAACUACCACUCCCUAGUGUACGCGGCCAUGCUGGCAGGCCAGUCAAAAGUGGCUCUCAGGACCCUCGACCAAAUGGAAUCUUCGCUCACAGACGACGUGCUCCGUGUUAAGACCCCGCCACUAGCAGACUGGCUGGAAUUCUUCAAAGCAGUUCGCAUACACGUUUACAUCCGCUUCGGACUCUGGGACGAGAUCAAGAAUCUCCCCCUUCCCCACGACCAAGACCUAUACUGUGUUACUACCACAAUGACGCACUAUGGCAAGGGCAUAGCCUGGGCCGCAACAGGCAAUAUCCCUGAAGCCGACAAGGAGCGUGAGCUAUAUCACGCAGCCGCGGAACGGGUCCCACCGACAAGGAAAGAUUUUCCAAACCUGAUUUCCGAUGUGCUGAAAGUAGCGACGGCCAUGCUGGACGGGGAAAUCGAGUAUAGACGAGGCAACUACCACCGUGCGUUUGAGUCUCUGCGCGAGGCUAUUCAUCACGACGAUUCGCUGAUGUAUACCGAGCCGUGGGGGUGGAUGCUUCCCACGCGCCAUGCGUAUGCGGCCUUGAUGUUGGAGCAAGGCCAUGUGGAAGAGGCUGCUACUGCUUAUGCGCAGGAUUUGGGAUUGGAUGAUGCGCUUACGCGGGCUCAUCAGCAUCCGAAUAAUGUCUGGGCUUUGCAUGGGUAUCAUGAGUGUUUGGUGAGAUUGGGACGGAAAGCUGAGGCGAGGAUUAUCAAGCAGCAGCUUGAUGUCGCUCUAUCUGUUGCUGAUAUCCAGAUUACGUCGUCUUGCUUUUGUAGGUUGGGUGUUCCGGGUGCGAAGGAGGAGGUUCCGGCAUGUCAUAGGUAG